UUACCAUAUGGAAAAAUUGUUCUUCACUUUAUGCCUUCACUUAUUGCUAAACUUUCUAUUGUUUUCUUGUAAUAACGUAAAUGUCAUGGGUUUUAUUCAACGUUGGCCAGCUGGGAGAUCGACAAGGUUUUAUGAUUUUAAGGUUCAAACAAAGAGGAUUACAAAGCUUUGUAGCGUUAAAGACAUUGUGACGAUUAACAAAAUGUACCCCGGACCAGUUGUUUAUGCUCAGGAAGACGAUCAAGUUAUUGUUAGAGUCACAAAUGAUUCACCAUACAAUGUCACAAUACACUGGCACGGAAUUCGACAAAAACUUUCAUGUUGGUUUGAUGGACCUUCCUACAUAACGCAAUGCCCUAUUCAAGCAGGACACACAUUUACGUAUAAAUUUACACUCGUACAACAAAAGGGAACAUUUUUCUGGCACGCUCAUGUUUCGUGGCUUCGUGCCACCGUCCAUGGUGCCAUUAUCGUGUAUCCUAAACCAGGUGUUCCUUACCCUUUUCCAUACCCUUACGAGGAGCAUACCAUUAUUUUAGGAGAAUAUUGGUUGCAAGAUGCAACACAACUUGAGAAUGCCGUUUUAGCCAGUGGGGGAGGGCCGCCACCCGCCGAUUCAUUCACUAUCAACGGCCACCCUGGCCCCAACUAUAAUUGCUCUACUAAUGAUGUGUAUGCAAUAGACGUGGUCCCUGGGAAAACGUACAUGCUAAGGCUAAUCAAUGCAGCCGUGAACCAAGAACACUUCUUCGGGAUAGCCAAUCACAACUUGACAAUUGUCGAAGCCGAUGCGGAAUACACAAAGCCCUUCACCACGGGCCGGGUCAUGCUCGGGCCGGGCCAGACCCUCAACCUCCUCGUAACCGCUAACCAGCCCAUCGGCAAAUACUCCAUGGCCAUGGGACCUUACCAAUCCGCUAAAAACAUCACCUUCCAAACCAUAACCUCCGUCGCAUAUUUCACCUACCUCGGCGCCCUCCCGAGCGUCUUGGCGUGGCCGGCGCCUCUGCCGCCGUUCAACGACAGUCUCGCCGUGAAAACCGUCAUGGACGGGCUGAAAAGCCCGAACCCGCCGCCCAAUAUGCCCAAACAAAUCGAUCAGAAUAUGUUCAUUACUAUUGGCCUAAAUGUUCAGAGGUGCCAGUCGAGAAACCCAGAGCAGAACUGCCGAGGAUUCAAUGGGGGUGUUAUGUCGGCGUCCAUGAACAACGUGAGUUUCGUGAAGCCUAAGGUUUCCCUGUUGGAAGCUUACUAUAGGAAAAUUAAUGGGCAGUUUACAGAAGACUUUCCCGGGUCACCUCUGGGGUUUUAUGAUUUUGUGAAUGGGGCACCUAAUAACCCUCCAAAUGAUACAAGUGCGGUGAAGGGAACAAGGACAUAUGUCCUAGAAUAUGGGUCCAGGGUUCAGAUUAUUCUCCAGGAUACUGGCACUGUGUCUACUGAAAACCACCCAAUUCAUUUCCAUGGCUACAGCUUCUAUGUUGUAGGGUAUGGGUCUGGGAACUAUGACCCUGAAAAUGUGAGUUUUAACUUGGUAGAUCCUCCAUACAUGAACACAAUUGGAGUUCCGGUGGGUGGCUGGGCUGCCAUCAGAUUCACAGCUGACAAUCCAGGGGCAUGGUUCAUGCACUGUCAUCUAGACGUACACUUAUCAUGGGGUUUGGGUGUGGUUAUUAUUGUGAAAAAUGGUGAAGGCCAACUUGAGAGUCUUCCUCAUCCUCCGGCUGACAUGCCUAGAUGCUAGCAAUCUAUACAAUGAUGGAUCAUAAUUAGAGGAUUGCUUCUAAGGGAUCAAAACCUCUUCUGCAGGGGCAACAUCAUAACACUGUUGUGCACAGAAACAACUUUUUAUUUAAGAAAAAAAAAAAGUUAUACAGACCCCAAAUUUUUAUUCUGUGGAUCCAAACUCGUUAAUUUGAACUACCUAUUCUUGAAAAGAAAAAAAAAAUAUUGCUUUUAAUUCUUGACAUAUCAGGAAGUUCGAUCCUUAGAGUGAAAAGUAAGAGC